UAAUAAUUCUUUGAAAAGGGGGGCUUCUUGUAAACUUGGAACUCGUGAAUUUGGUUUUCAUUUUGAGACUGGAAUUCCUCCUGUUGUCUCUCUCUCUCUCUUUCUCUCAAUAUUUUAAGCUUCCAGAUCGGAUCCUGUGGCAACCUAAGUAAAGUUCCAUUUUUGUUUUACUACUAAAUUACUUCUGCCAUUAAUUCCUCACUCAGGGUCCUUUUGCCCCUUUUCUUAUGUAAUCUUUUUUCAUUCUCUUCUUUUAUUUCCCGUCAAGGCAUCGUCUUUGUGUUUCUUCAUCAGAAUAGAAUGUGGGUCUGUUUGCCUUACUUGUAUAUACGAAUUGUUCAGAUAGAUAGAUUAGAUUAGAUAGAUAGAUAAGACAGAUAAAAGGGUGUUACAGGUUUUCGCCCGCUAUUGGUUUCUGGGUUUUGUUUGUUUUCACAUGCCUUCUUCUUCUUCUUCUGCAUGCAAAAGCUGACUGAUUUAUCAGGGCUUCUCUUUUAUUCCGGUGAGUCUCAACGAUUUACAAUUGGAUUGAUCGAAAUACAUAAGUUUCGUACUAGUUAGUAAUUAGAGUGUCCGACCGAAGCUCUUCAACUGUUUCUUAUUUAUGUGUGUAUUUAAUGGAAUUGUAAAAUCCUUUACUUGCUGUUUCCGAUUGAAGGUUAAGAAAGAAACCCUUUUUUCAGAUUGAUUCGAUAUUGAAAAAUUAGGUUGUGUUUUGCAUGGGAACCCAGAGAAUGGGAUCUCAAGGUGUCAGUGGUAGACAACAAGAACCAAAACCAGAGGGUUUGGUUCGUCAAGGCUCCUUAUACAGCCUAACUCUUGAUGAGGUUGAAAGUCAGCUGGGUGAUUUGGGGAAACCCUUAAGCAGUAUGAAUCUCGAUGAACUACUCAAGACUGUAUGGAAUGUCGAAACAAAUCAAGCUGAUUACGCUUCUUCCUUGCCUCAAGGUCAAUUUCGUCCUGGUUCCGCCUCUUUGAACAGUCAGUCGAGCAUUACUUUAUCCAGGGACCUUAGUAGGAAGACGGUUGAUGAGGUUUGGCAGGAUAUUCAGCAAGAACAGAUGAAGGGUAGUCUUGAUCGGUUAAAUCAGAGGCAAAUGACGUUAGGUGAGAUGACUUUGGAAGAUUUCUUGGAUAAAGCUGGUAUUGUUGCUGGAUCUUCUUCGGAUAAAAGGGAUUCGGGUCCUUCUUUAGGUAUUGAUUCGAUGAUGAUGCCUCAACAAUGGAUGAAUUACCCAGUUCCAUCGAUUCGUCAACAGCAACAACAGAAUAUGCUUGCAGCUUUCAUGCCAACACAGCAUACAACAAUGGUGGAAGGUUCUUAUAACUCUGAAAAUCAAAUGAAUUUGUCUUCGUCUCCUUUAAUGGGAACUUUAUCAGACACACAAAUGCCUGGAAGAAAGAGAGGUGCAUCUGGGGAUGUAGUGGAGAAAACAGUUGAAAGGAGGCAUAAGAGGAUGAUAAAGAACCGAGAAUCUGCAGCUCGUUCGAGAGCUAGGAAACAGGCUUACACAAAUGAACUGGAGAAUAAGGUAUCACAACUUGAAAAGGAGAAUGAGAGGCUCAGAAGGCAGAAGGAGUUGGAUAAUGUAUUGCCAAGUGUUCCUCUUCCAGAGCCAAAGUACCAGCUUCGCAGGACAAGUUCGGCCUCUUUCUGAUAUACUUGUGGAGUUUCAUGUGUUUUUCUUUCUCCUUCUCCGUUACUUAGUAUGUUUUGUAAUUUUUGUUUUUGUUUUUAACCAAACAAAGACAUAAGUUAACUUUUUAGUCCUUGAAGACACCCCCUUAAAAAAGGGUACUGAGAUGAAUCUGCUGGUUAAUGUAUGAAUGGCCCUUUUCACCA